GUUGCGUGGCCGCCGGUUCCCUCAACUCCGCCCUUUCUCCACGGGGGUUCUCUACGCUGUGCGGCGUUCAUUCUCCCUCCCGUCGUCUCUCGGCCUUCCACUGCCGUCGGCAACACACACCCUCGCUUCAUCAUGAGCGCCGGCAUAACCUCCCUCCCCUCCCGUCCAGCCCCCCUCCCCCGCCUGCCCUCCGCAAAACACCCGGACCUCGUCCACAGCACCUCUUCCCUCCCCUCUCCCCCACCAACAACAAUCAACCCGCCAACAACCACCCUAACCCCCUCCUACUUCCUCGAACCCGCCCUCGACAGCUUCGCCAUCGAUGCAGAUGAGGAUGAUCAUAUUAGUUAUGAGGAGGUCCCUGUGGAGGAGUUUGAGGAUGAGGAGGAUGAUGAUGAGGAGACGCUUGAGAGGGCUGUUCGGAGGUUGAAUGAGGGGCGGUUGUUUGGAGUGGCGACGGAAACAUCACCGAAAUCCGAAGAACCGCCCGUGCCCAAACUCACCAAACGCCCCGAAGUCGUCGACGACUAUGUGCGGAACUGGCUAUCCAGUAAAGGCCUCCUCAAAUCCCUCGACGCCUUCCAGAAUGAAUGGUACGAAUUCCAACAACGCGGCAAACUCAGCCAAGAGGAUAUCACACCCGUUCCCGACGUCUACCUCCGCAACCAGGAGCUCGCGGACGCGUUGCAGAAGUUGAGGGUGGAUGUGGAGACGUAUAAGGAUAUCGCUAGUAAAGCACGCUCAACGUACGAUAAACUCCGCAAAGAGCGCGACUUCCACCGCAUGCAUCACAAACGCGUCGUCCAAGAAAAAAACCGGCUGCUGAACGACAUCAAACGCCUCAAAACCCAUUACGAAGGGUACGAGGCCAUGGCGAAGAGUCUGAGGGGGAAAUAUGAGAGCGCGAUGAAGGAGAAGAUGCUUGUGCGGUUGGAGAGGGAACGGUUGGCUGGGAAGGUUACGGCCCUGGAAACGCAGAUACGGCAAGAACGUAAGACCGGCGAGUCGCCCGGAGGCUCAGCCCGCAAAUCCCGUCCCGACGGCACCAAAUCCCCUCAACCAACAUCAACGCAGAAAAAACAAACCACCCUACCCACUGAAGACCGGCCGAACCCGUACGCAACUACCGAGUUACCGAGUUUGAAAGCGGGCGGGUUGAAACAGGUGCAUGUUGUCAAGGCGCACGAGAUGGCUAUCAGUUCGUUGAAGUUCCACCCAAAGAAGAUGAUACUAGUAACGGUAUCGGAUGACAAGACCUGGAAGAUGUGGGCCUUCCCCUCCGGCGAGCUGGUGAUGAGCGGGACAGGGCAUCGGGAUUGGGUUUCUGAGUGUGAUUUUCACCCCAAAAGUGGAACACAACUAGCGACAUCAUCAGGCGAUGGGACAGUGAAGAUAUGGGACUUUGCGAAGGGCUCGGUGGUAGCCACCCUGAACGACCACACGCAGGCGGUGUGGGGGUGCGCAUUCCAUGAUACCGGGGAUUGGCUCGCAAGUGCCUCAGGGGAUCAGACUGCGAAAUUGUGGGAUUUGACCACGGCGAGAUGCCGCCAAACCUUCCGCGGGCACGCCGACGCCGUCAACCACGUCGGCUGGCUGCCGUACACCAACACGCUGUACACGUGUUCGGGGGAUAAGACCAUUUCGUUGUGGGACGCAAGGAGCGGGUUGUGUGUGCAGACGCUGUAUGGGCAUUCGAAUGCGGUUAAUUGUGCGGCGAAUGCGCUUAAUAACACCCACACGCUAACCUCCUGCGAUGCCGACGGCACCAUCAAACUCUGGGACCUCCGCAGCGCCUCGGAGCUCGCAUCCGCCGAUUUCGGGCCCCAUGCAGCCAACAAAGUCGCGUUUGACGGGAGCGGGUCGACGGUGGUUGUUGCGAGCAAUGAUGGGAUGUGCAGGGCUGUGGGGGUCAAGGCGUUGGUGGGCGGCGGGCUGAGUGGGAGUGGGGCGGUGAGGGAGUGGAUGGCGUGUGAGGAGGGGUGUUCGGGGGUUGUGGUUGAUCGGAGGGGGGAAGGGGUUGUUGUUGGGGGGAGUGAUGGGACGUUCCGGAUAUUCCAAUGA